CAAUAAUACAAAACAAUAUUAUACUUCAAGUGGUUUUUGAAGUGUUUGACUUUUUGUAUAUAAAGUGAAACCUGCAGUGCAUAUUUAUCAUUAUUGUGAAACAUAAUUCCCAAACAUGAAAACUGCACUAGUUUUGGCACUUUUGAGCUGCGUUGCUCUCACCGUUUCCGCUCAACAUGAGCCUACACUUGGGCCUGGUCCUCGCCCUGAACCUACCCGUGGACCGAUUCCUGAUGAACUUAGGUGCGACACUUGCGUAACUUUGGCAGAUAUAAUUAAGGGCUACGCUGAUGAGCGUAUUCCACUGGAUGAAGUUAGACAUGAAGCAGAGAAAUUGUGCCGUGAUUUGCCCGAACAAUUGAGAGAAGCUUGCGAAAGAGAAUUGCUACCAAAUCUUGACAAAGUCUACGAAGAGCUAAAACGUCAUACACCUCUAGAAUUCUGCAAAAAACAUGAACAAUGUAAAUAAGGGUAAAAUUGUAAUAUGCACAUCUAGUUAAGAAAACAAAAUAAAUGUUAACAUUCUGAA